UAUGGACAGAGCCAGCGUGGAGCGGCUGCCUGCCCGCCACAGACCCAGCUGACAUGGGGACGGUUGGAGCAACACAGCUGUGCUGGGUGAUCCUCGGCUUCCACCUACUCCAAGGCCACCACUCCCAGCCCACGACAAUACAGACAUCCAGCCUUCAGGGAGCCUUCAGCAGUCAAAAUCUGACCACAGAGCCACUUUCUUACAACACAGCAGCUCCAGAGGAGACCUCACAGGUCCUCGAGGCAGCCAGUAAACCCGGGACACAGAACAUGAGCACUGUGGAUGGUCACUCCCAGGCCCUGCUGGGCCUGACCGGGUCCCAGCCACAGAAGUUGGCAUCAGAACUUAACGCUUCUCAAGAUGUUACUCCCACAUCAGCCACCAUGAGCCUGAGGAUGAGAGAAGAUUCCACCAUCCUACCCAGCCCCACAUCAGAGACGGUGCUCACUGUGGCUGCAUUUGGUGUUAUCAGCUUCAUUGUCAUCCUGGUGGUUGUGGUGAUCAUCCUAGUGAGUGUGGUCAGUCUAAGGUUUAAGUGUCGGAAGACCAAGGAGUCUGAAGAUCCCCAGAAACCUGGGAGUUCAGGGUUAUCCGAAAGCUGCUCUACAGCCAAUGGGGAGAAAGAGAGCAUCACCCUGAUCUCCAUGAAGAAUAUCAACAUGAAUAACAGCAAAGGAUGCCCCCCAGCAGAGAAGGUUCUUUAGAAGCUAUGUUGGUCCCCACGGGUCCAAAGAUGACACAGCUGCCCUGUGACCGUAACGAGGAAGGCAAUGGGAUUGGUAGAGGCUAUGAAUAACUUAUUUUAUUAUUUCCCACUUCAAGACCUACAGGACACUAGCAUUCCUCAGAUCUAGAAGCAAGCUACCAAUAGAAGAGACUACCAUAUGGGCAACCAUUCUAGAAACAUAUCUUGCUCCUCCUACCUGCUCAGUCACAGGGAGGAGGAGUCUGUAGAGCAAGAACAAGUAAAAUGACAAAGUGGAGUGGCCCUUGCUACUUUGCAUUAAAAUUAUUUUCUGGCCUGCAGUCUAA